CGCAACAAAGAAUGAAGUCGUUGGGGUUGGGAGCUGCAUUUGCCCUACUUUUCUGUGUGUGGUGGGGCACAGCGCAAGCGCAGGUUGGCUAUGUGCGGCAUCUGUCGGAGCUGCGCAUAAAGGAGCUCAACGAUCUGGCCAUUCGGAUAGGGGACUCGAUCAACCCGGAGAUAUACGCCUGCGACAGCUAUUUCGACUACGUGUGCAGUCGUAAUCGACCCCUUUUUUCGAUUAUGGGGCACAUGCCACAGACAAGUGAACUCAUCCAGUUGCUGACCCAGCUGCAGAACGACCCCGAGCAGUUCGAGGCGAAGCAGAAGCUGAUGGACUUUUUCAUCUCUUGCAACACCCUGCGCUCUCUGGAAGACUGCUAUCGCGAGACAUUUGAGUUUUUCAAGCCGCUCUUCGGAUUCAUAAUAACCAAGAAUCUGGCCAACAGCCACGAGCUACGCGACUUCCUGGAUGUCCUGGACCACUUUGUCGCCAGGUCGAAGAAGAUCUUUCGCUUGGACUCGCAUCCCAUUCUCGGCAAACUGGCCACGUACAAGGAGAAGUUCCGCACCCCCGGCAUCUACUUCCACUCCGGCGACCUCAACCGGGAGUACAAGGCCCUGCGCAUCUACCGCGAGAGCUAUGAGCACAACAUCCGGAACCUGGAGCAGCAUCGCAAGAGAAACUCCACCUACGAGCUGGGAGUGCAGAGAACCAUGCUGGACUGGAGCCUGUACCUGUUCCAGAGCAGCAACAAGCCCAUGUCCUACUUCUACCCCACCUUCACCGUCCACCUCUACAUGACACUCUUCAACAGCACCGAGCGGCAGCGCGACUUUACGCGAUUCCGCGAGGAAGUUGAGUGCCUCAAGCUGCCGCAGUUCGUCAAUGUGCUGGACGAGGCCCGGGUGCUGGCUGUAAUCUACCUGAAGAGCUUCCGCUACGCGUGGCAUGACUAUAGCGACUGGAUUACCUCCUUAACGACGCACCGGGAGAUCUACGACCACGAGGACACAAUACUAAAGAAGUACCACCUAAACAACAAACGUUUGUUCUUCACGCUCUACGCACAAAAUUUCUGUGAGUUUGGCAAGAAUCUGGCUGAAUCGCUCUUCUACUUGGGUCUUAAGCAGAACGAAGACUUCAUCAAUAGCUACUCGUGUGGCUAUCAGACUGAAGUUUCCAGUUGCGUCUGACCAACUAGCCGACUAAUUGUAAUUAUCCCUAUUCCGAUUCCGAAUCAAUUGUAUCACAAACUCAUAUUUUCCCAUGGCUUUAUGCUGCGAGUAGCAGUAAGAAAACUCAUGGCUUCUGCCUGUUAUAAUAUACUUUGUAAUGAUA